CCAUGCCCUUCAGAAAUGCCCCAGGGGUCCUUGGUAGCAGGCCAGGUGACACAGAGAGAAGUGCCGGAGAAUAGCCCGGUUGACCUGCCCUGUGAUGCAUAUUUGGCGCAGCGGGGAAAUCCCCGGAUCGAGUGGAAGUUUGAGAAGGGCAACACCGUGACGCUUUUCUACUGGAACUCUCAGUUCACAGAACCGUACAAAGGCCGCGUACAGUUCACACCCUCAUCGAUCCACUUCAGUUCGGUGACCCGGAAGGACACUGGGAAGUACGUCUGUGAGGUCCUGGGGGAGAGCGGCCAGCUCUCCAAGUCGGAGGUCAACCUCAUUGUCCAAGCGGCCCACGUGGCUUCCGUACCCGCCUCAGUGACCAUCGGCAACAAGGCUGAGCUGACGUGCAAGGAGUCGGAUGGCUCCCCGCCCCCCACCUUCCAGUGGUACAGGAACAACAUCCAGAUGCCCGUGAACCCCAAGAUGAGUGAGGCCUUCAAGAACUCCUCCUACGAGCUCAACCCCAAGACAGGGCAGCUGACGUUUGAUCCUGUGACCGGCUUUGACUCGGGGGAUUACUACUGCGAGGCGCAGAACAACAUUGGGACCCCUCAGAAAUCGGACGCCUAUCGCUUGGAAGCUAGUGAACUCAACGUGGGUGCCAUCGUAGCCACCGUGGUGGUGCUGCUGAUCCUCCUGGGGCUCAUAGCCUUCGGCAUCUGGUUUGCUUACAGCCGCGGCUACUUCAACAAAAGAAAAGAAAGCACCAACAAGAAAGUAAUUUACAGCCAGCCUUCCCAAAGGAGUGAUGGAGAAUUCAAACAGACGUCGUCCUUCCUGGUGUGAGUGCCGGCUGGACCUGCCGCGCGGCGAGUUGGCCCUGCCUUCCUCCUUCCCCCAGGACUGCUGCGCCUGUGCCCUGAAUCCCGGGCCCUGCCUCAGCGUUUUUAGCUGUCAGUUUUUUUUAAAGCUCUCCAUGGUGCCUUUUCCGUGUCACCCAACCCUCCCCGCACCCCUUUCCCCCUGAUGUCAGGGAACAUUGCUGUUCUGCAGAUCCUCUUGCCCACCUGUGCAAAGGUGGCUGCUUCACACGAACCCUCGGCCUGUCCUCCAGGAGCAGCUGACAUCUUGCAAGGGCUCUGGCCUCUUCUGCGCUUUGCUAUGUUGCUUGCCUCGUGCUGGGGGCAGGCAUGAUGAAGGAGAUACGUGCUCUGGGACUAGCCUGUGGCCUUCUCCCCUGCGCCCCAGCACUGAAGACAGGCAGCUUGACCUCACUUUUGUGGCUGGAGAGGAUUGGGCUGGGGCUUCCCCCUUGGCAUCACCAGAGCCUGCCGGUGUGGGGGGAGAGCUGGAAGAGCAUCAUCGUGGCCUCUGACAUCCCUGUGGCUGUUCAGCGGGGCCUGACAAAGUCCUGUGCCCUCACCUGGCCUUGGCCUGCAGUGAGUGUUGCUGUGGGGGCAAGGUCUGGGAGGCAUUGUGUCUGGAGCAACCUCCCACCCUGGUGUGGCCCUGCCUGCCUCACACCAGCACAGCUAUCCUUGCCACUCCAGUGUGGGAUGGAGCUGCCUUCUGCACAGCUCUGCUCUGCCCAGGGGGGCAAUCCACGCUGAUAGGAGCUAUGGCUUGCAUAGUGCGAAUGCUGCUGUGGGCCAUGUCAGUGGGGCCAGUUGGGCAGGUGACGGAGGGAGCAGCCCCGAUAUUUUCCUCUGGGCAGCCCAUGGCUCAGUUGCCUGCUGCUAGUUCCUCCCGCCAGCUCCACACUGGUGCUGGCAGCCUGGCGUUUCCCCACAGUGGCUCUUGUGUAGACCUGAGGGGUCAGGCUGCUGCAAGUGGGAGCCUGGCCUCCAUUACGCUGGCUGUGGUGUGUGGUGCUGUUGUAUGAAUGAAACCUGGUUGUAGCUCCGAGUGGGGACGGCCAGUGGGACUGGAAGCAGCCCAAGUGGUAACCCUAUCAUCACAGCCAGGGAGGGGUCUGGCCAGUCAUGGCUGAGACCCAGGGCGAUGGGGACUAGAGCCACAGACAUGGUAAGGAGGGCAGCCGUGAAGGCAGGUGCAGGGAGCCCAGGCGCUUCCUGGGAAGCGAGGCUGGCUGAUCUCCGGGGUUGAAGCCCAAGUGGGAAGUUCCCCCUCCCCCCACCACCACUUGGGCAGAUGGACCUAGGCUGCAGCUGUCACGGGGUCUUGCUGGGCUGCCCUGGGCUGGGUCGUGUGUUGCCACAGCUGUACCAAACUCCUGUGAUCUACUGAACGUCUACCUGGAAAUAAAUCUGUUUGUGCGA